CCUCCGCGUCUCAGUGGUUCUUCCGGUUUCUCUACUCGCGCUAUUCCCGCCUCUUCCCCUCCGCCGCCGGGAUUUAACGAACUCUCGCGAGAUCUAGGUCUCUUCCUAGGCCUGCUCGGGUCGGCAGCCGCCAGAAUCUUUGGCCGCCUCUGCAAGGUCCCGGCCAUGUUCAGCUCCAGUGCCAAGAUUGUCAAGCCCAACGGCGAGAAGCCGGACGAGUUCGAGUCGGGGAUCUCCCAGGCCCUGCUGGAGCUGGAGAUGAACUCGGACCUCAAGGCGCAGCUGCGGGAGCUGAACAUCACGGCCGCCAAGGAGAUCGAAGUUGGCGGUGGCCGGAAAGCUAUUAUUAUCUUCGUCCCCGUCCCGCAGCUGAAGUCUUUCCAGAAAAUCCAGGUGCGCCUGGUGCGCGAGCUGGAGAAGAAGUUCAGCGGGAAGCACGUCGUCUUCAUCGCCCAGAGGAGAAUUCUGCCUAAGCCAACUCGAAAAAGCCGUACGAAAAAUAAGCAGAAACGUCCCAGGAGCCGCACUCUGACCGCUGUGCACGACGCCAUCCUGGAGGACUUGGUUUUCCCAAGUGAGAUCGUGGGCAAGAGGAUCCGCGUGAAGCUGGACGGCAGCCGACUCAUAAAGGUCCAUCUGGACAAAGCUCAGCAGAACAAUGUGGAGCACAAGGUUGAAACGUUUUCUGGUGUCUAUAAGAAGCUCACGGGCAAGGAUGUUAAUUUUGAAUUCCCAGAGUUUCAGUUGUAAACAAACGACUAAAUAAAAUAUUAUUCUGA